AUGAACAUCAUGUUGCUCUUGCUCUCUUUGAUCUCCUUCCUCCUCACCUUUGUCUCCGGCUCUCCUGUUGUCACUCCUCGUCAAGACGAGCCUGCUACGACACCAACAGCUUGUCUCAUUUACUCCACUAUGAGAACUUGGAUGCCUGCUGCAACUAACCCUGCCGCCAUCCCCAAAGGCCUCCUCACACCCUGCCAACGAAGCUGUCUUGCUGCGAUGUACUGGAAUUUCUGCUUCCACCAGCAGAUUCACCAACAAAACACGUCUAGCAUUAGGAAAUGUCUCUGUCAACCACCCAUUUACUACGGAACUGCAAUCGGCAACUGCGCCGACUGCCUUGCCACAGCCCAAUAUUUCGCCAACAAGGACACCCCCCCUGCACAACCUGCCCCGGACUUCUUCGACUUAAACACCGGUCUGAAGGCUCAGCUGAGUGUUGGCUAUAGGAAUUAUUGUGGCACCAACAUCGAUUCCAAUACCGGUACCCUCCUCCCUAGCACUGGCGAUGAUACUAUUCAGAGUUUAGAGCGGUAUCUUUGUCUUACGCGCGAGAUUACGGAGCAUUUCGGUGGUCCGAUCGCUAUGAUGAACUUCACCCUCAAGGAUUAUCCCAGCCUUGCCUGGGAUGGAGUUUCUCCCGUUCCAGGUGGCAAUCCGUUCGGGCCGCUUCCAACCCCAACUCCCUAA